UCCCGGAUUGGCUGGCAGAGCCGGGCUCCUCCUCGGGCUCCACCUACUUGGGGGGCUCUCAGCCCUUCCCUUGGGUGGGGCGCUCCAAGGGUGACCCCACGCUGAGACUGUGGCAGUGAACCCAGCAGCGGUCAGAAAAGCUGCAUCCAGUCUUACAUACCAAGUCCUUCCAUCCCCAGAGCAUGCCACCUAAGACCAAAGAAAAAAGGCGAAAAAGUGGGGCACUGAAGAAAAAAAAGAGCUCGGGUGCCGAUGUGGAGGCCGAGGCCAAGCACAGGCUGGUAUUUCUGGAGAAGGAGCUGCUCCAAGACCACGUGGCUGUGUGGAGGGAUGAGGCCCGCCGAGCCAAGGCUUCUGAAGUCCAACUCAAGCAGAGGUUGCAAGGAUUGGCAGCUGAACUGGAAGGGGCCCAAAGCGAAGGGAAGGCCAUACUUAAAGAGAUGAGCCGCCAACACCGGGCCCUGCAGGAGGAGAUGGAGGCCCGCAGCAAGCAGCUAGAGGAGGAAGUGAGGCUCCUUCAGGAGCGGUUAGAAACCUGCCAGACAGAGGCUGAGGCUUCAAGGAAAGAGGCUGAGAGAGCCCUUCGAGAGCAAGACCAGACCCUGGCUGAGCUUCGGGCCCACGUGACAGACAUGGAGGCCAAGUAUGAGGAAAUCUUAGAUGGCAGCCUGGACCUGCUCUUGGCCAAGAUGAGAGCCAUCAAGCCUCAGUGGGACGAGGCCGCGCUGAGACUCCAUGCCAGGCACAAGGAGCUGCUGUGCCAGUUUGGCCUCAACCCCCUGGAUCUUUGAGCUGCUGGCCCCUAGUUUCCAAGGCCCAGGAAUAAAGUACCUUGAUGUAGAACCAA